AAGUCAGAGCGGAGGAGGCCAAAAAAAGUCGGCGAGGGAGGGGACGAACUCGCUCGCACUGGACGCGGCGAAGCUAGAACCGGAACCGGAACCUGUGCGUCCGCCGGCAGCUGCCUCUUUGAUUACCCACCCUGGCCCGCCUGUUCCCCCCCCACCCCACCGCGGCCGAAGGAUUCCUCCGCCCGCCGCGCGUGCUCCCGGGAGUGUCCCGGGAUCUGGUGAGCUGGCUCUGCUCCACGAGUCCCCGCUGCCGGCACCGCCGCCGUCCGUGGCCGGUGCUUCCAGGCCGGACCUGACGGGAACCUCCCUUCUCUCGCGGGAAUCGCCGCCUACCGGCUUGACGGGGAAAAACCUCCGCCUCUGCAGACUGCGGGAGAGUCCGGGCCUCCGAGGGAUGGGGAGCAACUCGCGGCGCUAAGAGGCCAGCUUCCUGUCACUUCUGGCUGCGGGACUCCCUAUCCCCGGCACUCGCGCUUGUCCUAGCUCCCAGAAUCGGGUGGGGGCGAACGAGGAAGACGAGAGGGGUCCCCCGGACCGGGGAUAUGGAGCCGCGGGUGCCUGGCGCGGAACGUCCCGAGACGCGGCGGAGUCUGCGGCCACGAGCGGCCGGCAGCCCCAGAUAAAAGAGACAAGAGGGCCCGGCUCUGCGGCGGCGGGGACUUGCAGGCCCCGGACACUCUGGAGGAGGAGCCGACACCCAGUCCAGAGCAGAUCCCCCCGCCCUAGCCCCGGAGGGAUUCCCGGGCACCUUCCCUACUGCUCGCCGAAGUUUUCUCCCUGUGCCUUCUCGAGGAUUGAUCUCUAACUCCCGAAAUUUGCCUUCUGGCAGGCUUUUUCGGUUUGUUUUGGGAGGUAACUUGUUUUGCUCCCAUCCACAUCCCCCUUCCUUGGCCCUUUCCGAUCGGACAUUCUAGAUGACUGAAUGGAGUUUUAAGUUGGACGUAUUUGUCCCUUACGGAGUCGGGCCUGAUACCAGCGCAGUGGGGGUGGGGUGUCGGUGUUCCUGUAAAAUGCAACUUGGAUAAAAAGGAAGACCUCUCGUCAAGGGCCCCAAUGAGUGGCACACAGUCAACUAUCACCGACAGGUUUCCCCUCAAAAAACCUAUAAGGCAUGGAAGUAUUUUGAAUCGAGAGUCACCAACAGAUAAGAAGCAGAAAGUUGAACGCAGUACAUCACAUGAUUUUGAUCCUACAGAUAGCUCCUCCAAGAAGACAAAGUCUAGUUCAGAGGAGAGUAGAUCCGAGAUAUAUGGUCUUGUUCAGCGUUGUGUGGUCAUCCAGAAAGAUGACAAUGGAUUUGGGCUGACGGUCAGUGGAGACAAUCCAGUCUUCGUACAGUCUGUCAAAGAAGAUGGAGCAGCCAUGCGGGCUGGAGUACAGACAGGUGAUCGAAUCAUCAAGGUGAAUGGAACUCUGGUCACUCAUUCAAACCAUUUGGAGGUGGUGAAGCUAAUUAAAUCUGGUUCCUUUGUAGCUCUUACUGUUCAGGGACGCCCACCUGGGUCACCCCAAAUUCCACUUGCUGAUUCUGAAGUAGAGCCAUCAGUCAGUGGACAUAUGUCUCCUGUCAUGACAUCCCCUCAUUCACCUGGAGCAUCUGGGAAUAUGGAGAGGAUUACUAGUCCUGUGCUUAUGGGGGAGGAAAACAAUGUGGUUCAUAACCAGAAAGUAGAAAUUCUGAGAAAAAUGUUACAGAAAGAACAGGAACGGCUACAGUCCUUGCAGGAAAAUUACAACCGAACACCUGCCCAAAGAUUGUUAAAAGAGAUCCAAGAGACCAAGAAACACAUUCCUCAGCUCCAGGAACAGUUAUCCAAAGCCACAGGCUCUGCUCAGGAUGGAGCUGUAGUUACUUCUUCCAAGCCUUUAGGUGACACAGUAACAGUCAGUGAGGUAGAAGCAGAUCCUGGUGAUGGACUACUUAGAAUUGACUAUGGCAGUGGAGAUGCUUCUUGGCCCAGUAGUGACAAUGCAGAUAGUCCCAAGAGUGGCCUGAAAGAGAGGAUUAAUCUAGAGGAAAACACAGAGAAAAACGAAGUAAUUCAGGACACUGACACUCAGUCACUUAUCGGGAGUCCCUCAACCCGUAUAGCACCUCAUAUUAUUGGAGCAGAGGAUGAUGAUUUUGGUACUGAACAUGAACAGAUCAAUGGGCAGUGCAGCUGUUUCCAGAGCAUUGAAUUGCUAAAAUGUCGCCCUGCUCACUUGGCUGUUUUUUUACAUCAUGUAGUUUCACAGUUUGACCCUGCAACGUUGCUCUGCUAUCUCUAUUCAGACCUUUAUAAACAGACCAAUUCCAAGGAGACUCGUCGCAUCUUCCUUGAGUUUCAUCAAUUCUUCCUGGAUCGAUCUGCACACCUGAAAGUUUCUGUUCCUGAUGAAAUAUCAGUAGAUCUCGAGAAAAGAAGGCCUGAGCUUAUUCCUGAAGAUCUGCAUCGCCACUAUGUUCAAACCAUGCAAGAAAGAGUCCACCCAGAAGUUCAGAGGCACUUGGAAGAUUUUCGGCAGAAACGGAGCAUGGGGCUGACCUUGGCUGAAAGUGAACUGACUAAACUUGAUGUAGAGCGAGACAAGGACCGGGUAACUUUGGAGAAGGAACGGGCAUGUGCAGAACAGAUUGUUGCCAAAAUUGAAGAAGUGUUGAUGACUGCUCAGGCUGUAGAAGAAGAUAAGAGUUCAACAAUACAGUAUGUUAUUUUCAUGUACAUGAAGCAUUUGGGGGUAAAAGUAAAAGAACCUCGAAAUUUGGAACACAAGCGGGGUCGGAUUGGAUUCCUUCCAAAAAUCAAGCAAAGUAUGAAGAAAGAUAGGGAAGGCGAAGAAAAAGGGAAGCGAAGAGGAUUCCCCAGCAUCUUGGGACCCCCAAGGAGGCCAAGCCGUCAUGACAACAGUGCAAUUGGCAGAGCCAUGGAACUUCAGAAACAGCGCCACCCUAAGCACUUACCCACACCCUCAUCUGUGAGUCCUGAACCCCAGGACUCUGCUAAGUUGCGCCAGAGUGGGUUAGCAAGUGAAGGAGCAGACAUUGGAUACCUGGCAGCCAAUCCCAUGUCCUCUACAGUUUCAGGGGCCACUCUUUCCCAGGAAGGAGGAAAAGAGAAUGAUAUGGGAUCAAAGCAAGUUGGAGAAACACCAGCUUCAGGAGACUCCUUAGAUGGCACACUUCGUACUUCCAAUACUGUAUUUGAUUUUAUACCUCCUCCAUUAGAUCAAGUGCAAGAAGAGGAAUGGGAAGUAGAAAGGAUGACUGAGCAUGGGACACCAAAGCCCUUUCGAAAGUUUGACAGCAUUGCUUUUGGUGAAAGUCAAAGUGAGGAUGAACAGUUUGAAAAUGACUUAGAGACAGAUCCACCCAACUGGCAACAGUUAGUUAGUCGAGAAGUGUUACUGGGACUAAAGCCUUGUGAGAUCAAAAGACAGGAAGUAAUUAAUGAAUUGUUUUACACUGAAAGAGCUCAUGUUCGAACACUGAAGGUUCUUGAUCAGGUGUUCUAUCAGCGAGUGUCCAGAGAAGGAAUUCUGUCAUCUUCAGAACUACGGAAAAUUUUUUCUAACUUGGAAGAUAUCCUUCAACUUCACAUUGGGUUGAAUGAACAAAUGAAGGCUGUUCGAAAGAGGAAUGAUACCUCUGUUAUUGAUCAAAUUGGAGAAGACUUGUUGACCUGGUUCAGUGGACCAGGGGAGGAGAAGUUGAAACAUGCUGCUGCUACCUUUUGCAGUAACCAACCUUUUGCCCUGGAAAUGAUCAAAUCUCGUCAGAAAAAGGAUUCUCGAUUCCAGACUUUUGUUCAAGAUGCUGAGAGUAAUCCACUGUGUCGUCGUUUGCAGCUGAAGGAUAUCAUUCCUACCCAAAUGCAGAGGCUUACUAAGUACCCUCUUUUGUUGGAUAAUAUUGCCAAAUACACAGAGUUGCCAAUGGAAAGGGAGAAGGUGAAGAAAGCUGCAGAUCACUGUCGUCAGAUUUUAAAUUAUGUAAAUCAGGCUGUCAAAGAGGCAGAAAACAAGCAGCGCUUAGAAGAUUAUCAGCGUCGCCUUGAUACCUCCAAUCUGAAGUUGUCAGAGUACCCAAAUGUUGAAGAGCUCAGGAAUUUGGAUUUGACAAAAAGGAAGAUGAUUCAUGAAGGGCCAUUGGUUUGGAAGGUGAAUAGAGAUAAAACUAUUGAUCUAUAUACAUUGCUGCUGGAAGACAUUCUUGUAUUGUUACAAAAGCAGGAUGAUAAAUUGGUGUUAAGGUGUCAUAGUAAAAUUCUGGCAUCUACAGCUGAUAGCAAACACACAUUUAGCCCUGUCAUUAAGUUAAAUACAGUGUUGGUUCGACAAGUGGCAACAGAUAACAAAGCUUUAUUUGUCAUCUCCAUGUCAGACAAUGGAGCCCAAAUUUAUGAACUGGUGGCACAGACAGUUUCUGAAAAGACUGUCUGGCAGGACCUAAUCUGUCGGAUGGCUGCAUCAGUGAAGGAGCAAUCCACGAAGCCGAUUCCAUUGCCACAGUCACCACCUUGCGAAGGAGACAAUGAUGAAGAAGAACCUCCAAAAUUAAAAGUAGAACAUCAUGGACAUCAUGGCAUUUCAGUCACUGGUUUACAGAGUCCAGACAGAGAUUUGGGAUUAGAGUCUCCCUUAAUGCCGUCAAAACAUCAAUCUCAUUCACUGGGUACCUCUGGGAAAUCAGAGGUAGAUGAUCUCUUUGUGGCUGAGCGACAGUUUGCAAAGGAGCAGCAUACAGAUGGUACUGUAAAAGGAGUGGGAGUAAAUUAUCAAAUCACAAUCCCAGAUCCACACUUGCCUGUCUCAGAAGAACGGUGGGCAUUGGAUGCACUAAGGAAUUUGGGUUUGUUGAAGCAGUUGCUGAUACAAAGGCUGAGUUUGACUGAGAAGAGCACUCAGGAAGACUGCCCACAUUUCUCAAGAUACAGGACAGCCUCCCCAGGGGUGCAGACAGACAGUGGAACCCAGAACUUUGAAAAUACUAGGGUCUGUCAUCCUGGUGAAGAACAGAUGCCCUUUAGAACUGGAACUGGUGUCAUUUCAACUUGUUACAGUCCACAGACUUCAACUGAAUCUUAUGCUCCACGGGAUUCAAUGGUACUGGCAUUCCAAGAUAGCCAGGCAAGUAACAUUUUAGUAAUGGACCACAUGAUUAUGACCCCAGAGAUUCCUCCUGCAGAGCCAGAAGGAGGUCUUGAUGAGAGUGGAGAGUGCUUUUUUGAUGCCCAUGAAGCACAUAGUGAUGAUAAUCCAUCAGAAGGUGAUGGAGCAGUUAAAAAGGAAGAGAAGGAUGUUACUUUAUGCAUCUCAGGAAACUAUUUGAUCCUUGAUGGCUAUGAAGCAGUGCAGGAGAGCUCCACAGAUGAGGAGGUUGCAUCCUCGCUUCACCCGCAACCCAUGACAGGCCUCCCCUCUAUGGACUGUACCCACCAGCAGCAACAUUCUCCCCAGAAUGCUCAUCCUGAUGGGGCAGUUUCACCAUUCACCCCAGAAUUCCAGGCCCAGCAGCACUGGGGAGCUAUGGAGGACUCCUGUUUUGAGAUCCAGAGUCCCUCCACUUGUGCAGAUUCACAGAGCCAGAUCAUGGAGUACAUUUGUAAGAUAGAGGCUGACCUUGAACACUUAAAGAAGGUGGAGGAAAGUUAUACUAUUCUUUGCCAAAGGCUGGCCGGAGCAGCCCUCACAGACAAGCACUCAGAUAAAAGUUAGAGCUACGUGUCCUGGAGGUGACUGAAGGUUUUCGGAUUUUGAGCAUCGGCCUUGUAUCAGCACAUCCUGGCUCCAGUGUGGACGAAGAGAGAGUGUGACAGAGGAUCUGCCUGUGAAGCCCCUGGGGUUCGCCAUGUGUCCAGGGUCCCAGAGCAAGACUAAUUCUUCACAGUCUGGCAGCUGCACUAGUCUGUCAGUGAGGGAAUAUCCAUUCUCUCACUCUGCUCUCUAUUAGAAAUUCAUUUUGAUUCA